UAUAUCUUUAAUCGUGGUUAUAUCAGUUUGUCACUAUUUUUUUUCAAUUUCGAACAAGUACUCAUUAUCUAUGAAAUCACCCCCGUCCUUAUUAUAUCUAUAGCACAAAUAUAUAACACAACUAUUAUUGUAUUUUUAUAUAUCUGUGGUCCAUGAUUAUUAACUGUAGUUAUUAUCUAUAAACCUUGACGUAGUUCAAUGUUUUUUUUACCAUAGAUAAUGUAGGUUCCAUUUUUUUAUUUAAGUUUAGGUACAUACUACAUAGAUAAAUUUAAAAUAACAUUUAUUAAUAUAUUAGUAUUAUAUUAAACUAGGUAGGUAUACCUAUAUAUUAUACUAAAAGACGAAAGUAAGUUUAUUUUAUUUUAGUAAUUUGGUUUUAUAGCUUAUUAAUUAAUUGUAUCUUUUAACGCCUUAAAGAUAAUUUAAUAGGUAGGUAAUACUUAAUAAAAAAAAUACAUAUAAACAUUCUAUUUAAAAUAAGAAUAGGAAAAUUAUUUUUUAAUUCAUACUUUUCUUUUGAGAUUACUCUAAAGAAUAAUAUACUUGACAUUGAACAAAUUUUCACAAUAAAUUAUUAGUAAUUGAAAUUAAUUUGCUUAGUUUUUUAAAAUUUUAAGUUACUUAACUUACUACUAAAACGUAACUUAACAAUUAAUUUGUUAUAAUACGUAUCUAUCUGCACUUAUGAUACUACUUAUAUUCUGAUAAUAUUACAAUUUAAAGUUAUUUAAAUACAUAGUGCUGGGUACUUUAAAGUUAUCGUAAAAUCAAGUUUAUUUCCUAAACAUUAAUUAACAGGCAUUAUAAAAUUAAAAAUUACUAAUAACAAUUAUUCAAUAAUAAACUGUUAUUUGUUUAGAUCAUUAGUAUGGAAAAGAUUAUCCUUUUUGAGUCAUAUAUAAAAAAUGGACAAUUAGAUGAAAUAGGUGAAAAUACUACAGUCAAUUUAUUAAAUGAAUUAUCUAAACUUGAUCCAGAAUGUAAGUACCUAUCACACAAAUUGAAAUUUGAAAUAUCUACUAUAAAAAAGUCAAAUACUUACUUAAGUAUUAAUACAAAUUAAUUAUAAUCAGUUAUACCUUAUAACUAAGGAACAAAUAUUUUACUGUAUAUAAUAUUAUUUUUUUAUUUUUGAUCCUAUCUGUAUUAUUUCUUAUACAUACAUUAAUUUAAUCAAUUGUAGAUUCAAAAUAAUUAAGUUUAUUUGCAUAAUACAAUGUAUACCUAUUUUAUUUUAAAUAUUUUUGAUAUAUUGUGUACAACUGUAUUCUGUAGCAUCACUAAUAUUUAUAAAAAAAACUUCGAUUUUUAUAUGAAUAAAUCGUUUACAUAUUAAAGCCUACUUUCUAAUUAUUUUCUAAAACUACCUCAUUUAUUGUAUGUAAUUUGAUUAUAUAGUUACGGCAUUUUGUAAAUGGGCAUCUGGAUGGCUGAUAUUGUAGAUAAUCUUGUUAAUUUUUUUUUUUAUAUAUAUUUAAAACACAAUAUUUUAAGAGAAGAAUUUGUAUUAUGUCUUUGUAAUAUGAAAAAAUUAGAGUAAUAGUGUCUUAAGCGAUUUACAUUAAUUUUCACAAUGAAUAUGUAUAGUCCACUAGUGUCAUAGUUAAUCUACCAAAAACUACUUACAACAGGAGGAACAGCCCCCCCUGGUAAAUGUGAAUAAAUAAAUUAAUGACUAAUUAAAUAAUAAAACAAUUUUGAUUAAGUGGGUGGUUAGGUUAGGGUAGGGUAGGGAAAAAAGGUCAUUACUUUAAUUUUUAGUAAUAUGCCUUCCCUCCAGAUAAAUUGUCUGGAUUCGACAAUUGUUUUUAAAGCAAUGAGAAAAUUUCAUUGCCUUAUAUAACAGUUUUUCUUGAGAUCACAUUCUAUGUUCUGAAUAUGAGCUCCAGUUUGUGGAUUUAUAAAGUAUACUGUUUUAUGGAUGAAUUUAUGUUGAUUCAAAUUUGAAUGACCUUUUUUCCAUUUAUCAUUGUGGAUAGUGAACCUUAGCUAAACUUCUUUAAUACGGGCAAAAGGGUUUUUCCAUCUCUUUUUUUAACAAUACAAAUUGUUUUUCUAAAAUAUCAUUGUGUUGUCAAUAUAAGUCAAAAACCCAUGGCUCCUGUAGACAUAAUCCAUAAUUUAAAUUACUGACUUAAUAAUGAUUAACGAGUAGUAAUUGUGCCCACCUACAAUCAAUGGAGAACCAGUGGAAUGGGAGUAUAACUGUGUAAUAUAUGUAUAUUCAAUGAAUUGUAUUUCAUAUUUAGUAUUUAAUCAUAUUUAUCAACAAGUGGGUUUUUCAAUAAAUUAUAUGUAUAUCUAUAUUAAAUAUAAUAUUUAUAUUUAUAUAUUUAAUAUAACUUUAAGUAGAUCACCUGUGACACUAAAAUUAGAUUUUUGACCAAUAUGUCUGUUCAUUUCAAUAUCAACUCACAGAUUUUCAUAUAAGAUAUUGGAUUUGAAACAUAAAAGUUAUAUUGGCUUACCACUAAUUUCUAUUUUCUAUUUAAAACCUAAUUAGUUGUAAUUUUAUCAACCAGUUAAACCAUGUCUAUAUAAACACGACUGUCAAAAGAGCAAAAACAGUAUCAUAGUACAUUUAUAACUACAAUUAAAUUUAUUAUUUUAUGCGAUUCUCCAAUAACAAAAAAUAUUAAAUAAUAAAUAUAGUUAAAAAUAAUUAGUGGCAGACAUUAAAUUCCAUUUCAACCAAAAAUAGGUUUAUAAGUGUUUAACUUACUGAAUCUUCGCUUAGGCUUUUCCCUGUUGUUUGCCAUUUAAUUUCUACUCUUAUACUUUUAUACUUAUUUUCGACUUUACACAUAGCAUGACCAAACUAUUUGUGUCUUUGCCAUUUUUCUUGUAACUUAUUAAUAAUGGAACUUAAGUGAUCUUCCUUAGUUCAAUAUUUUUCUUUCUGUGCUAUAUGUUUAACUCAAUAUCAAACACUGAGCCACAUAUCUUCAGAAGUAUUAUUUUUAAAAACUAGUAACCUUUUUUCUAAUUUUAGAGUAGUGGGUUAUACCUCACACCCAUAAGCUACCGUCGGUCUUAUUAUGGACAUCAAGAAAUUAAAUUCAUGUAUGUUAUAAUUAUAAUUUUAAAUCAGUUUUAAUGUAUACAAUUAAUACUUUGAAAAUGUAAGUUUUAUAGUUCAUACAUUCACUAUAAGCAUUAAAUUGUUGAAAAUUGCCACAUCAUAUAUAUUUUGAUAUUCCCAAUCUUUUAAAAAAAUGAUGUUAAUAUUCUAGUGAAAUAUUGUAUAAUAAUUACACUGUAUACACAUUAACUGAAACUUAUUUUAUAAAAUAACUUCAUAUAUAAUUUUAUAUAUUAAGAUGAUCCAGUGUUUUUUUUUUUUUUAAGAAUAUAAUAUGAUUAUAAUAUUUUUUAGGUUUAUCAAAAGAUGAUUAUGAAAAAUUAGUAACAUGUUUACCCUUGUUAUCCACUAUUUACAGUAGUCAAGUUUUAGCAGCUGGAUGUAAUGUAGUUGCCUCAUUAUGCUCAGAUGACUUGGCUAGACAUUAUUUUGGUUUACAAAUAACAGAAUUAACCAUAAGCAUAUUAAAAUCAUUUACAAGUUUUAAGAUUAAAGAUAAAUUUUCUCAAGAAUGUUUACUUCAGGCAUGUCGUGCUAUUGGAAAUCUUUGUUAUUAUCAUGGUAAAUAUUAUUCAUUUAAGUUGUAUAGUUCUUACAAAUCAAUUACUAUUACAUAUUUAUUUAUAUUUAUGACCGUGCUUAAUCAUAUUAAAUCCAUAUUAUAAAUAUUUAAAUAACAUCAUUUAUGAAGUAUACAGGUGUCCUUAUGUAUUAUCUAAAUGCUAAUAACAAUAAUAACUGGUAAUGUUCAUAUUUUUUUUGAAAUCGAGUUUUGUGUCAAUAUAUUAUUCUUAACAAUUUAAUGUAUCUGUUUGAUCAAUAGUUUCAUAGUAAUAGCCAUUUUAACUUUUAAUUGUUUUCACAUCAAUUUUCUAGAAAUUUAAACUGCUUUUACUAAGAAACAUUGAUCGAAUAUGUAAGGAUGGUAUAUUUAAAUGUUUUUUUACAAUUUUACCAAAAAUUGGCUAUUUUGAAAAUUUUAAAAAGUGAGACAAGUUAUUUUUUUUCAGUGAUUAAGGAAUGAAAAAAAAAUUCAAUUUUCUCUGUAUUUGUGCCCCCUGACACAAAAUCUGAUUAAAAAUGAUGAAUAUGGACAGUUAUUAGCAUUCGGAUAUUACUGUAGGACACUCUGUAGAUACAAAAGAUACUGUUUAAAAACGAAGCCUUAUAUCAAAAAAAUAUGCAUUCUCAUAUUACUUAAAAUUCUAAAUAUGUUACUAAAUCAAUUCCGUUUUAAGUUAAUUGGAUUGUUAUUUUCGAAGUUAAAAUAAAUUCUUUCUAAUUUUUGAAAUUUUAAGCUUGAAUUAAAAAAAAUUGUUUCUACUGUUUUUUUUUUUUAUAAUAUUAUUAAUGUAUUAAUGAUUUUUAGAAGAAAAUACUAAGCACGCAUUAAAAGAAGGAUGUCUCUCAAUUACAAUGGAAAUUUUAAAAACAAAUAGUGACAGAAAUCUUCAACCUGUUCUUAUUGGUUUGUUAUUAAAUUUGACUCAUCUGGAUAACUAUAAUUACAAGGUUAACUUAAAUAAUAUUAAACCUUAUUAUUUUUUUUUGUAAUUAUUUUUUCUCAGUUUCCAGAUAAUAUGAUUAAUGAUUUAAAUUUCUUUGCAAUUAAAUAUAUGGAACAUAAUAAUAAUAAUGAUAAUAAUAAUAGAUCUUAUAUGAAUUUGGUAUCAGUUAUGAUAAAUAUUGUAAGAAAAUCUUUAAAUAAUAGUAAAAUAACAGAUUAUGAAAAAUGUUCUUUUAUUGAUUGUUUAUUGGAGAAAUAUUAUAUGCAUAUUGAAAUUGUUUCUAUCUGUGUCAAAUUUAUUAAACAAGUGUCUAAAAUCUAUAGUAAAUACUUUCAAUUACUUUAUAAAUAAUACUAAUUUAUAUGCAAAUUAAAAAAAUUACAGUAAAUGAAAAUAAUUUUUAGGUAUUUAUAAUUGGAUAUUAAAAGGAAAGCAUAUAAUGUUAGCAAAAAUAUUAGAUAAAUAUGAAGAAAAUCAUGAAGAAGAUGCCAAACUUAUUGUAAAAAAAAUUUGUGAUAUUAUAAUUUUACUUUCCAAUGAUGGUAUGAUUUGACUGUUGAUUCAUUAUAAAUGAUUAUAAAUAAUUUUAUGCAUAGCCCUAAUGGUAUUUACUUAUUAAAUAUAAAAUGUCCAGCAUUUAAACAAUAUAUUAUUAACACUAAAUUGAAAAUUUAAAAAUCAAAUAUAAAUAAAAUUCAAAUUCCACCUGUGUAUUAAACUAUAUUUGUAUUUGACUGUAUCCUUGUUAAAUUUAUAGUUGUAUAUGUAUGCAUGCAUGCAUGCAUUUUGUUAUUUUUAUUUUAGAUUCUGUCUGUAAACAAAUUUUCUUCCAAUAGCUACUAAUUUUACUACAGAUAUCAACAUCUGGAGUAGUUUUAUGUUGACAAUUUUGUCUAAUUGAUGUAUUGAGGAUGUUUUUUGAUAUUUCUUAUAAAAGUAUCUGUAAUAUAUACGGGACAUAGCAUUCCAAAAAAAAAAUUCAAUGAAUAGAGAAAAAUAAUCAACACUAUAAUAACAAAGAGAUACUGAAUAAGCACUGAAUACUUUUUACAUUUAAAACGUAUUUCUAGUUAUUUCUAUCCCUGCAAUUAACUUUAUUCUUAAUAUCAAACAUGUAAUCUGUCAUAAUUGGUAUUCGAAUUAGACUGUCAAUACUAUUUCAAGGCAUAUAUGUACAUGUUUGCAAUAUACUUGAUUUUGAACUAAGAUAGUUGUCUGUUAACAAGAUAUUGGGGAAAAAUUGUAUUGUCCGUGUCUGUUAUGGACAGGUUGAAAUACAUUAGAAUGCCUAUUAUUUUACUGGAACCUUAUUAUUUAGUUCGUUAAGAUAGGUUUGAUUGUAGUUUUCUUAAUAAUAGAGGUGGGAGAAAUAUAAGUUAUUAUAAUUUUUUAUGAAUGAAUGGUUAUAAAUAUAGAUUUUAGAAUUUUAGAUUUUGUUUUUUUUUUUAAUUCAGUUUAAAAUAAUCAUAGAGACCUUUGAAAUGUUCACCAAGUAUCAAGUAGAAAGUGGUACAAAAUAACCUGCUAUAAUAAACAAUUUGGUUAUUUUUAGUUAAUUUUUUCAGCAUUUAAAGUUGUAAUAAUUUUUUUAAUCAAAUUUCAAUGAGAUUAGCAAUGAUUUAUCAUAAUAUACAAAUACAAAUUAAAUUACCCAUUUACAACAGUUAUCCAUCAACUCUUUUCCUUUGUAAUAGUAGGAUUAUUAUUCACAUUUAUAUAAUUUGUACUUGAUCUACUGCUUUUAUAAUUCUCUAUUAUCUAUUAUAUUUUGCAAUAUAAAAAUGUAUAUUAAAUAAAAUCAUAAUUUUUUUUUAAGAUGGUUCUAUGGACAAUAAUAAACAACUAGAAGUUUUAUAUCUAGUAGAAUGGCUUCUUUUAAAAAUACAUUCCAAUAAUUUAUAUAUUAAAUUGUCAUCAGUAAGAUCUUUGGGAAAUUUUAGCCGAUUUAGUAAGUUUAUAUUUUAUUUUCAGUUUUAAUUAAAAUAUUACUUAUUUAUACAAAAAAAUAGAAUAUGAAUCAAAUAAUACAACUAAUAAUCCAGCAAAAACUAUCAUAAAACAUAUGCCAUGGUUUAUAAAUGCAUUAGAAAAAGCAGUUAAGAAUAAGAAUUCACUUAUGGAAGUUUCUAUACUUUGUUUGUUUAAGUGAGUUUUAAAAAAGUUGUUUAUUUACAAAUUACUUAAUUUCUAUAUAUUUAAUUUUUCAGAAAUCUUUUGUAUGUUACAAAUUUUGAGUGUAUGGAAGAAAAUGAUAAAGACAAAUUAGUCAAAACUACUAUUGCAGUUUUAGACCAUACUUCAUUUAAUCCAAUAGUCACAAAAAGUUUAGAUGUAAUUGGAUGUAUUAUAAAAAAAGGUAAAGUAUAGCAUAAAUGGUAGUAUAUAAACUUUUUAAUUCUAAUAAUAGAACAUAUUUCUCACACAUGAAAAUAAAAUAAAAUGGUAACGAUGGCUACAAUUUUUUUUUUUUGAAAAAUCAUCUAAAUGUGUUUUGGAAAUAUUAUUGGUUAUAUUAUUCAAAUAAUUAUUUAAUUGGUUUAAAAACUGCUUUAAAAAUAAGUAAACAAAAUUUUUUAUUUUUUUAAAUUUAUUGAGUUUCUUUAUACCAAUUAAUAUUAUACACAAAUUAUAUUUAAAUAUUUAGUUAUACACAUGUUGCAUUUUUAACAUAGAAAAUGGUUGAAUAAAUACAAAUUUUUUUCUGUAGGUGAAUUUAGUCAGAAACAACUUGUUUUAUACAAAAGUUCUACUUUUAUUGAAUUACUGAACACAUAUUGUAAUAGUGUUGAUGAAGAUAUUAAUCAAUUGGCUAAAAAGCUACUUUGUUCUAUCAAUGAAAAUAUUAAUGAAUCAGAAAAUGACAUUAUGCAUUCACUAGAAGACAAUUUACAAAUUAAAAAUUAAAAUUAAGAACUGUAUUGUUUACUUUUGAUGUCCUUGUGAUACUAUAGUUUUAACAUACAAUUUCAAAUUUUUUUUUCUAAAAACUUACAUUAAUUAUUUUUAAAAAUUUUAAGACUUAGUUGAACUAUUGGAUUACAGAUUUUACUACUUAAAAGUCUGCUUUUUGAUAUAUUUAUUUAAUUUAAUCAAGACACAAAUUUUUAUUUACAUUGUUAUUUUAAUAAACAUUUAUUCUUGUUAUUUUAUGAUCUAAUGGAUUACAUAAUUAACAAUUAAUAGUAAUUGUGUUUUACUCUUUAUUAAACCAAAAUAUAAUGUUAUAUUAUAACAUAAUGUCAGACUUUUGCUUCUAUGUUUUUUGAGUAUACAUUUUUAUAUUAAUAAUAAUAGUUAUUGAAAUUGUACUUUUUGUAAUAUUUUUUGAAGGCCAUAGAAAAUGAAAAACUAUAUUUUUUUAAAAAAAUGUAAUUGUUUAAACCCUUCCAUUAUAUUAUUAUUUAAAUUUGUCUUUAAAUCUAUUUAAAUUUGUCUUUAAAUCU